UGUUUUAUAAUUAGUAGUUUACAUAAAAUAUGGGUUUACUUACUGAUGAUUGAUUUUUGAUCUCAAUGAUAUGUAGGUGUAGUGAAAAGAUAAGAUAAUUUGACCAUAUAGAUUGGCUAGAUUAAAACAGUAGUUUAGUGUUACUGAAUGAAUUAAAAUUGAUUAAUUACUUAUUGGUAAAAUAUAAUCAUGGCUGAAAUACAAGUAAAACCAGUUAAUGAGGCAGAUCUAAAGGAACUUAAAAGUACAAUGAAAUUAAUAGCAGAUGCAGAUCCUAACCAGUAUCAUAAUGAUUUCUCAUUAAAACGAUACUUAAGAGCUUUCAAAACUGUGGAUGAUAGUUUUAAGGCGAUUCUCAAAACGAAUAAAUGGAGAAAAGAAUAUGGUGUGGAAGAGCUGACAGCAGAAACACCUGCUGUUAAAAAUAAUUUAGAUGCAAAUAAAGCUAGAGUCCUCCGUCAUAGAGAUAUGUAUGGGAGGCCUGUUGUAUACAUACCAGCUAAAAAUCAUAAUGCUACAAACCGUGAUAUUGAUGAAUUGACAAAAUUCAUAGUCUAUUGCCUGGAAGAAGCAUGUAAGAAAUGUUUUGAAGAAGUUAUAGACAAUUUAUGCAUCGUUUUCGACCUGAAAGAUUUUGGAGUCUCAUGUAUGGAUUACCAAUUAGUUAAAAAUCUGAUAUGGUUACUAAGUCGCCAUUAUCCAGAAAGGCUGGGGGUGUGUUUGAUAAUAAAUUCAUCAACAUUGUUUUCAAGCUGUUGGGCUGUGAUAAGGGGAUGGUUAGAUGAAAACACAACAAGCAAAGUCACCUUUGUAAAUUCUGAGGAAGAAUUAUGCAGUUAUUUAAUUCCUGAUAUUCUACCAACAGAUAUAUAAGUAUAAUGUGUACUUAAAAUGAAUUAUAGUGUGUUAUUUAUAAAAAAACUUUAUUGCCAGAUUAACAUAUCAGUAUUUGUUUACUACUUAAGUUUGAUGAUAUUUUUUAAUAUCUAAUUCUAAACUAUUUGUGCUAUAACAUUUCUAAUUUUAUCAGCUAAGGUAGAAUUAUCUAACAAAAAUGUUCAAUCGUCUUUAUGUAAAUUAUAAACCAGUACAAAGUUUCUUUACAUUAA